GAUGUCGAGGGAGGAGUCGAAUUUGGCGCAGACGCGGCUUCGAGGAAAAGUUCAUAUACUUACUCUUAUGUAUACGAGUCUUGCUAAUAAUUCCGCCAGUAUAUUCGCGAAUUUUGCCAGACGCGCUUCGACAUACAAUUCUAUUCUGUGUUUUAUUACUAUAUAUUUUGAGAAAUAAACUUGAGUAUUUUUAUAGAAGAAUGCCUCUUUGUUAAAUUUUCGCUAUCUCGAAUUUAUCGCACUCUGCUGACAAAUUGCAACAAAGUGAUCGCAGGCGAAGUUAUAGAGUUUUUCAGAUGAUGUCGAGAUCAAAAUGAGAGUUGACAAGAAAGAAGAAGUACAGACUAACGUUAACGAUGUCAAAAGCAACGAGAAAAAAUUUUGAAGCACUACUUCAUUGAUUGUCAUCGAUAAAUUAGAAAUGUAUUUCUCAUUUUCAUAAACAUGCUGAAGUACUGGUGGAUGGCGAACAACAAAACUGAACGCAAUGACAGCGACGAUGUGCCGAUCGAAGAGAUGCUGCAGGAUCCAGGAUCGAUGAUCCUCUUCGUCGGAUAUCCACGGUGGCUGCUGUAUUUCGCCGCCAUCUGUUGUGUUCUCUUCAUGUUGAUCGGCAUCCCGGGAAAUCUCAUCACGGUAAUCGCGUUGUUCCGCACCAAAAAGCUAAAGAACGCCACCGCGGUCUUCAUCAUGAAUCUGUCGAUAUCAGAUUUGAUGUUCUGCUGCUUCAAUCUGCCACUCGCAACUUCCACAUUCUGGCACAAGUCAUGGUUGUACGGACCACUUCUCUGUCGGUUGUUUCCGCUCUUGAGAUACGGCCUCGUUGCAGUCAGCCUCUUCAGCAUUCUCGCAAUCACGAUCAAUCGCUACAUCAUGAUCAGCCAUCCCGGUCUCUACCCUACCUUGUAUAAAACGAAAUAUUUGAUACCGAUGGUUCUGGCGAUAUGGAUCGUCGCUUUUGGUUUGCUGAUCGUCACGUGGUUUGAGCAAUUCGGACGUUUUGGUUUGGAUCCCGCUAUCGGAUCCUGCUCGAUCCUGCCGGAUGUGAACGGAAGAAACCCAAAGGAAUUUCUCUUCAUUCUUGCAUUUCUAAUACCCUGCGUGGCUAUUAUUGUUUGCUACGCCAGGAUCUUUUAUAUCGUUCGCGAAACUGCUGCGAAGAGCAGGGGCAAGAUUCUCAGUGUGGAGCCAAUGGAAACCAGCCAUCAACACUCUACAUCCAAAAACCAGGAGCAAGAACUGUCAGUUCUUUGCGCUCCUUCUUCGAUACGAACGAGUUUUCUCAAUCCAAACGAAGAAACUGAUCUCGAGCCAUCGACAUCUAUUAACGAAGAUUCUUCCUGCUCUAAACAGUCGAUUCACGAUCGAGAAAAAUCGGAUUGCACGACGAGAACGCAUAUAGACGAUCCAACAAUUAUCAGCCUCGAUCCAAACUUCAACGCUCUUCAUAUGGGCGCAUCGGAAGACAUGUCAUUUGUGGAUGACGAUCGCGAGGAAUCCGGUCUCACGGAAAUAAAGAUGUUUCUGAACAGAAAUCAGAAUAACGAAUCACAGCAGAAGUCGUCGAGAAACUCUUGCGGGAGGCUGGAAAGAUUGACCAGCCGAGCGUCCUUCAUUGUCGAGUCCUCGCUGCAGAGAUUCACCAGCAAUCGUCCUGAUUGGCGACCGGAAGUCCUGGUGGAUUCCACACACUUGCCCACGAAAAAGGCCUUUCGCAGGGAGUCAAAGUUCAAGAGCAUCAGCAGGAUCCGCAACGGCGAACCCAUCAUCUUAGCACCCAAAAUGUCCACCAAAGAUCGGAAGCUGCUGCAAAUGAUCCUGGUGAUAUUCGCGUCCUUUCUGGUGUGUUAUCUACCGAUCACCAUCACGAAGCUCUUCCACGACGCAAUAGACUGUCGAGGCCUCAACAUCGCCGGCUACAUACUUAUCUAUUUGACGACUUGCAUCAACCCCGUCAUCUAUGUUGUGAUGAGCUCCGAAUACAGGAGUGCGUAUAAAUAUAUAUUGCUGUGUAAGGGCGAGCAGCUCGCAAGCAAAAGGAGACUGCCGAGUUUGUUAAUGUUCAGUUGAACUCGUGUAUGAUCACAGAAAAAACAGUAUCCUUGAAAGAAUGCACAUAUGCCUUGAUU